AUCAACCCAAGAAGAAGUCAAGACAGUGUGGGAAAAACCCUGUCCGUUGGUCAAAACGGAAAACCAGAUCUGAAGCAACCAUGUGCGAGGAAACUCCCCCAUCAACCAAGAAGACCAGAACCAGCACUACAAGUUCACCUACCAUCUCAAAGCCCAAAAGGAAUAAAGAUCUGAAUCAUCACUCAUGGAAGUCCUGUAACUCUGUCUUCAUCUCCUCUACUGCUAAAUCUUACUUUCCUGUAAUAAUGAAGAAGAACAUCUUGCCCCAACAAAACAUUGACUUGGAAGACUUUGCUCUGAAAACUACACUUAUACCCCUGUUAGAUGCUAGAAACCUGCUGAAAUCAGUUACUCUCCCAGGUUCCUAUGUAAAACAAGUCAUUCAUGAGUUUUACUGCAAUUUAAAUGAAGAUUUUGUGAACCCCGCUGCUGCAUCAUUUGAAAUAGUGUUUGUCAGAGGAAAACUGUACACAUUUUCAUCCACAGCUAUUAAUAAAUUUUUGGGGUUAGAUGAUGAUCAGGAUGCCUUGGUUAGCGAGGCCACUAUGUGGAAGGAACUCACCCACGGAGCUAGAAAAAGUCAACACCCCACCAACAAAGUUCCCUCAUCCAUCCUGAAUAGCUCUUACUCCAUCCUGCUCAAAGUUGUUGCAUGUCACUGGCUAGCCACCUCCCACACCAACACAGUGACAAAAGCCAUGGGGAUGCUCCUAUAUAAGAUCAAGAACAAUGUUCCUGCCAACUUUGGGAAGCUAUUAGUUGCUCAAAUUGCUGAGUUUGGGAAGCACAACUAUAAGCAAAAUGAUAAUGGUCUACCCUUUCUUGUGCUAAUCUUUCAGAUGCUUGUCUCGCAGGGUUUUACCAAGAAGGAUGCUGAACAAGAGGAACCUCUGGAACCACUACUGCAGAUUGACAACCGUCAUUUUGAUGGGAAGCACUACAAUGAUAUGGAGACAGUUGUUCAUCAGGCAACUCAUGGUGUGCAAGGAGUAAUCAAGUUCCUGAAACACAAAAUGCAGCAAAACAAGGAAGCACUCCUACUGGUGGAUCAACAGAGGAGAACUCUUGAAGAAGAGUGCCGGAAUCUCAUAUGGUUGCACGAACAUGCUACUCAUAGUGCUCAAGCAGAAGGUGUACCCUCCAGCUCAGGUGUUAGAUUUUACAGUGUGUUCUGUACCUCUCUUGAUCAGUAUGUAUUGUCUAGCUGGAUUGGGUCUGUAGAGUCCUGCCAUGUCAUGGUGUCAAGGCGUAUACUUGUCCUGGCAUAACUAGGCGUCUACCUCUACGUGCUGGAGAAGGAUUCCUACGAGCUUGCCAUAGAGUCCUACACAUUCCAGGUGUCAAGACUGAUCAUGACUAGGGUUUUCAUAGGUUCGCAUAUAAAUAUACAUCUCCUUACAUUGAGAAACGGGGCAAGCAACAUAAUAUUCCAGUGAGAGAUUGAGACAGACAAAACCCUAGCUGAAAGGAGAGAUCAGAAGGGAACCAUGCUGGGAUCCUUCUGAUAUACUGUGUUACGGUGAGCACAAGAAGUACGUGUUUGAUUCACAGGUCAUAUCACGAGUUCAUGUUCAGUUUUGCUAAAAACUGUAUCCGGCUGGUGAACUAUGAAGGGCUGAUAACACGUCCAAUAACAGAAGUUACCAAGG